UGCAAAAAGGAGGAAUGGCAUCAGCAUUACCUUCUCUCUCCUCCACUUCUUCUUCACUGUUACAGCACUGCUUCACCGGAAAUUCAAAGGGUCCUACUCAAUUUCCGAACAAAAGUGCGGGCUUUUUUGUCUUUGCUCAGAAGAAGGCAAAGAAAACUCGAAAGAUUAUCUUGAAGGAAGAUGUGGUUGACGUGGGAAAGAAAGGGCAACUUCUUGAUGUGAAGGCUGGGUUUUUCAGAAAUUUUCUGUUUCCCACAGGAAAGGCAUCCAUUGUCACUCCUCAGUUGCUCAAGGAAAUGAGAUUGGAAGACGAAAGAAUUGAGGCUGAGAAAAGACGGGUAAAAGAAGAGGCACAACAACUUGCUCUAAUUUUUGAAACUGUUGGGGCUUUCAAGGUGAAGCGAAAAGGCGGUAAAGGAAAGCAAAUUUUUGGAAGUGUAACGGCUCAAGAUCUUGUUGACAUAAUCAAGGCGCAGCUUCAAAGGGAGCUAGACAAGAGAAUUGUUGAUCUUCCAGAAAUCCGGGAAACAGGAGAAUAUAUUGCAGAGUUAAAGCUUCACCCAGAAGUUACAGCUAGAGUGAGGGUGAACGUUUUUGCUAACUAAGCACCAGUAUGUUUUGAAGUUCCAUAUGCCGAAUGGACAACUUGGAGCUAGCAACUUGCAUCAGUUCAAGGUGCAUAACCAUCUUAUGAUAUGAUAAAUCUUCAGACUUCAAGCUUCACUCAAUCUGUAGGCUUGUAAUUAUGUCCCGAGGCUCGAAUUGAAGAAGCACUCUGCACUCCUAAUGGUGAUAUGUCUGGAAUGUGGGAACUGUUUCUUAUUUAAACAUUUUGUUUUUUUCAUAUCCCUUCUUGAAUGUCUAUUCAGUUUUCAAGAUGUUUUUUGUAAUGUACAACUUUGUUGAUGGUAAAAGAUAAUUUUUAGGUC